AUGAGGGGAAACUGUAACACUAGUGCACAGCAGUCUUCCCCUGUCCUUGCUGUCAUUGGUGGUUACUACUCAGAGAUAGCCAUAGCAGUUACAAGGCUACUCAACCUGGAAUAUAUACCCGAGAUAAGUUAUGGUGCAACCUCUGGCCUUCUAAGUGAUAAAACCCGUUUUCCAAGCUUUAUGAGGACUGUACCACAAGAUGAUCACCAAGCUCGUGCCAUCUCCGAGAUUCUUGAUAAUAAUGGAUGGACUUGGGUUGGUGUGCUGACAACCGAUGGGGAAUAUGCUCGCUAUAUAACUGAGCGACUCUGUAUAGAACUGGCGGUUAAAGCAAUAGCUCAGGCCAUUGAAGACCUCUGCACUGACAGAGACUGCAAGACAAAACGCCCAUCCCCAUUGGAGGGAAACGUGACUUCCAGGUGCACAGACAGCUGUCAGCCUGGCUACAGUAAGACUUCAGUUUCGGGCCAGCCUCAUUGCUGCUAUCAGUGUGAACCCUGUGCUGAGAACACCUUUUCCAAUACCACUGAUUCGGAGAAGUGUAAUCCUUGUGAAAAAAACUAUUACUCCCUAAAAGGCAGUUCAAAGUGUUUGCCAAGAAAAAUUGAUUUUCUGAAAUGGGGUGAUGUAUAUCUUAUUGUGCUGCUGUCUUUUACUUCUUUAGGAGCAGUGCUUACCAUUGUUGUUGGGAUCAUCUUCCUUGCACACUGGAAUACCCCUGUUGUGCGCUCAUCUGUAGGCCCAAUCAGCAUCCUUCUCCUCCUUUCCCUUAUGAUCACAUUUGCUAGUGUUAUAUUAUUUGGUGGUCAACCCAAUAGCUAUCAGUGUCAAGCACGGCAGGUGGUGUUUGGCUUGAGUUUUACCUUGUGUGUCUCCUGCAUCAUGGUCAAGUCCUUUAAGAUCGUCUUAGCCUUUGAGUUUGACCCGGUCAUUCAAAGUGUGCUGAAGAAGCUCUACAAGCCAUACCUCAUUAUUGCAGUCUGUAUGGCAGGUCAAGUGGUUAUUGUUACAACGUGGCUUAUACACAGUCCUCCAACUGCUGACUCAGAGAUCACACAGAAAAACAUGAAACUGAUGUUUUGUAAUGAGAAAUUAAUUCCUGCAUUUGGAGCCAUGUUAGCCUAUAUUGGCCUUUUGGCUCUCAUCUGCUUUGGUGUUGCUUUUAAGGGACGAAAGUUGCCUGACAGUUACAAUGAUGCAAAGUUCAUCACUUUUGCAAUGCUCAUUUACUUCAUCUCCUGGAUCGUGUUUGGCCCAGUCUAUGUCAAUGUCACAGACAAGUACAUUCCAGCAGUGGAGAUGGUCGUUAUCCUCAUCUCAGCCUACGGCAUCUUGUUUUGUCAGUUCUUCACAAAGUGCUACAUUAUUCUGUGUAAGAAGGAAGCAAACACAGAGAAAUCAUUCCGCUGGGAUAUUAGGAAUUAUUCCAGGGAUCACAAAGGCAGUGAGGAUGAGCUAAGCUUCAGCGUCAGCAUCAUCCACGCCUGCAGCUGCAGCAUCAGCAUCAUCCACGCCUGCAGCUUCAGCGUCAGCAUCAGCCUUGCUUGGUCCAGCCUCUGCGUCUUCAUCCUCGCCAUUGCCAGCAGUGCCAACACCUGCUCCAAUGCCUGCAGCUUUUACACCGUCACCUAUAGCGUCACCAUCCGCAGCUGCCACGCCGCCGUCUGGUCCAGAUCGGCUUGA